AUGGAGAGGCCCCAAAUCUUCCAGCGGCUCAAGCAGCCAUGCAUCCGCCUCUUACAAGCCACUACCACUCUCUCACAGACCCCAGACUCUCGAAAACAGCUGAUAGACGCCCUCUCUGAUCUGCUGGCUACGCUUCGCCCUCUGUCCAGCCAGCCCGGUGUGCUAGAUGCAAAACUCAUCGAAUACGUCUUCGUUCCGAUUUCUCACGUGCUGCGAAUCUCCCGCCAAGUGCCAGUCCGCGCACUUGAAGUUUGCCUCGAGUGCAUUUCAGCCCUGCUAUGUGCUGGUUGGGGUGGUGGCCUAGAGCCUGCUCUGUCAGGCCAACUACUUAUCCUCUUUACCUUCCUCGCCAAACCCUCCUCUGCCGAAAAUGGCAUCUCGGCCACCUCAGAAGAGCUUCAAUCCCUGGCGCUCAAGUGCAUCUCGGAGUUGAUGACAGAAGUGUGCCGAACGAAAAAGGGCCAAGAAGCCAUCACGGCAACUCCAAAUAUCCCCACCUUGGGAGAGGCAGUUUUAGUCAUGCUAGAGAGCCUAGCAGAUAGCAAGUCUAAUAACGUAAAGCUCCAGGCCAUCAGUGCAACAAAGUCGACCAUCAACGCCAUAGGAGAUGAAGAUGCUCUCGCAAGCUUUCUCCCUAGGAUAAUAUCAUCCUUGACUAAGAUUUUGACACCAAGUAGCAGCAACCGACCAGGCUUUCGCGUCGUAGAGCAAGGGCUGGAUAUAUUUACGCUACUCCUAGGCCGCCUCCUGAGCGAUGCAAAGGUUAAAGACCUGCCCGAGGUAACUCCCACUGAAGGUUCUGAAACUAGUCUCAAGGUGUUACGGUCGACUUCAUGGCUGCAAGCGACUUCUUCGCAGAUCAAAAUCGCACUCGCCAAUGUCUUCAAAUUGCGAGAUCACGAUAAGCCAGAAGUCCGAAAAGCCCUGCUAAGGUUGUGCUUGUGCAUCAUACAAGAUUGCCGCACUUCGCUCGCUCUCUGCAUAGGCAUGGCUACCGAGACCAUCAUCAGUCUUGCCGGUCACGAGGGCUCUAGUGGGAAGAUUGAGAACGAGCUCAAGAGCAUACUGUUCGUAGACCAGAGUCUGUCUGAUCUACUACGCGAAAGCCUACAUGGCUGGAUACUGGCAUUGCCACGAUUAAUGCAGUCCAAGGACGAUCAGAGUCGCCGUCGAAUCAUAAAUCAGAUAUCAGUGUCGUUCCGCCUGUUUGAGCAAGACCCAAUCAUUCUGGAUGAGCGGUUGGCUGAUAGUCUACGUGACGGUGUUUCGACCGUCUUCUCUGAUGCGAGAGGUAUGGAAGAAGUUGAAGAGAAUACAUACAAUGCAAUCACCGAUCGGACUUUGGUGCUAAGCUCAACCAAAUCACUAUCCUUCUCGCCCAUCAGCCUGCAACUGAAAGGUCAGGAUAACAUGAUGGCAGAAUUCAGGCUUCUGGUUCAAGAAGUUUCGAAAUCCAACUCAGCCUUGGCGGUCGUUCAGGCACUCACCGGCUCCAUUGAUCUGGGUCCAACCGAAAUGCGCCUGGCUAGUUUGUGGUUAUCAGUCAACCUUUUAAGGGAGGUCACGACAACCAACCCAUCCAUUGACGAUUUCAUGGAUCUCGGAACCCCGAAUCCUAGGGAAGAACUUUUGGACGACUUAUACUCGCAGUCUCUUUCAUUACUGAAUCAGCGUGAAAUGGCUACAGAGACGCCGUGGCACUUCUUCGCCUUGGCUCUCGAGACGGUAGCCUUGCAAGCGAAGCGUUACAGGACUGAAUUUCGACCAGAGUUGAGCGAGGUCCUGUACCCUAUACUCCACCAUCUUGGGAGUGCCAAUACCGCCCUGCGUGAGCACGCUUUGACCUGUUUGAACAUUGUUGCAGAUGCGUGUGGUUAUGCCAAUGCAGGAGAUCUUGUCGUUGAAAAUGUUGACUAUAUUGUCAACGCCGUUGGGUUGAAGCUUGCCUACGGAGAUGUUUCACCCCAAGCCCCCCAGGUCUUGCUCAUGAUGAUGCGACUAUGCGGCCCGCCUCUCUUGCCAUAUCUGGACGAUCUUGUUGACAGCAUAUUCGACGCGCUGGAAAGAUAUCAUGGAUACCCUAAGCUUGCUGAACUAUUGUUUUCGGUCCUAAAGGGCAUGGCAGAAGAAGGUGCCAAGACAUCUCAACUUGCAAUUACAAUAGAUGACAAGAAGGAGCACACUCGUAGCCAAAGAACAGGGCCCACGAUGAAGGAUGUCAUGGAAAAGCUGGAAAAGCUCGAGGCUGAUGCACGACGCCGAGAUGAGGAGGAAAAGAAAGCUCCGAAAGAGGCAUUCCCUCGAAGCCCCUGGAAAGAAGAAAAGUCAGAGAAUGCCGAGGGCAGUCCCAACGAAGAGGAUGAACAAGCACCGUCGCAGAGUGAGGAACCCCCACCUCCGGCUCCUCGUACCUUUACCGUUCUUCUCAAAAUCUCCGAAUUGACGCAACACUACCUGACAACCACUUCUCCGGCACUGCGCAACUCUUUACUAUCCCUUCUCCGAACUACUAUUCCUGCGUUGGCCAAGCAUGAAAACUCGUUCCUACCGCUUAUCAACACUCUCUGGCCUGUGCUGCUGCCUCGACUACAUGACCCGGAGGCAUAUGUAGUAACAAACGCUCUGGAUACCAUGGCGUUAAUGUGCGAGUAUGCAGGCGAUUUCAUGAGGACAAGAAUUGAAGAUGCAUGGGAUAUUAUAGCAAGAGUGCACAAACGCACAAAGACAAGGGAUAAUUCCAGUAAACCCAAUGACAGAAGCGCAGCAAUGCUUUCUACGGUCAGAAUGGAGGCAGGUAUGAAGAAGCUUUCAAUGGACCCUCAGUCUACUACCGACCUGUCGCGCCCAGAGCUAUAUGUCGAUGCGCCCACACGCAUGAUCUGGAACAGCCUUGUCAACUUGUUAUGCGCCAUCGCCAAACACGUCACUGUCCGGGCCGAGCGUUUCGAAGACAUGCUCGAUAUACUGGACCCUGUUUUGACACUCGUUCACGUCCGCGAGGCGCUGGACCAUAGCAAUGCUGAUGCUGUUUGGUUACGACUUUACAAGAAGAGCCGACAAGCAGGUAUCAAACAACACAGCACCAGUGGUGCGGUGGCGCAGACACAGAGAAUGCUUGCGAAAGUGCCUAUCGGGAAACCACAUUGGCACUUUGUACAGAUUUAG